UCCUUGUCCAGAAAGCAGGAGCAUACUAGCCAAUCAUAAGAAGGGAGGCGGGAUUUAUCGGAAAACGGCUAGGGAAAGCUAAAGUGUGCUGUCAGUCGUGGCUAGUUUUAAGAUAGUCAGUAAAUGGCGUAAAAGCAAAAUGUAUAAAGUAAAUUCUGCGUUAUUGUCGUUCGUAAGAGGGGCAUGUCAGCAGCUUCUUGAGCCUUUGAAUUUAUCGGGAAGAACAACAGGAGGAAAUGUUGUGCGCACACUUUACUCAAGUUCUGUCCGAUUACAAGAAGCUGAAGCUCAAUCACAAGAGCUCACAUCCAGCGCGACUUCUCCAAAAAGCUCCAAAGAGUUCAGUGUUUAUCCUCCUUUUCCGGGCCAGGACAGUGGUUUAAGAUGGGGCGGCAAAAAGUUUGAAGAAUUACCAAUAGUUCACAUUAAAGCCACCUAUAACAACACUCACAUCCAGGUGACGGACAGUGAGGGUCAGUCCUUGGCCAGAACCUCGUGUGGGACAGAGGGCUUCCGUAAUGUAAAAAAGUCCACUCCCAUUGCUGCCCAGACCACCGGCAUCUCAGCUGCUGCGAAGGCACAGGCGAAGGGGGUGACGUUUGCGCGUGUCCUAGUCAAAGGACUUGGUCCAGGGCGCUUGUCUGCCAUUAAAGGGUUAACCAUGGGAGGACUGGAGAUCGUGUCCAUCACCGACAACACGCCGGUUCCACACAAUGGCUGUCGGCCUCGUAAAGCUCGGAGGAUGUAAACCCCAGUAAUCCAGUCCGUCUGUGCCGAAAGCAUCGACAGCUGAGCCUGCAGUCUGAGCAGAGGAGCUGAACACAUUGCUCAUUUCCUUUACACAGUAUGACGUAUCACACUUCAUGUAACUAUUUGGGGUAGAUUUUUUGUGGCUUCUUUGUUUUUUUUUUUAAUGUAUUAAACCAAUGGAAUUAAAGAGUUAA